AAAAUUUACCAUUUAUUAAACGUAAAACGUGUGUUUAAAUUUUACCAUUUAUUAAACGUAAAACGUGUGUUUAAAAUUUAUCAGACUCGGCACGCUUUGCUUUCUUUUUAUUGUUUAAAACUCUUUAAACGAAUUAAAUAAAAGUAAGUAUUAUUAGCUUGCUUUUCAUUUUAUUUAUUAAAUCUUAUUUUGAACUUUGAAGUAAUAUUUUCAAUAAAAUGCCACCGAAAAAAUCGAACCUCAAUAAUGCACGGAAUAAAGCUGCACAACGCCAAAGAGUUCAAAGAGUUCAGCAGUCUGCAGAACAAAUCGCAGCAAGAAACUCAGCUCAAAGAAUCAGGACAGCAGAGAGUCGUGUACAAGAAUCCCAAGAACAGCGUGAUAGACGUCUGCGACAAAAUGUUACCAGAACAAGAGCGACGCGUGAACAACACAUAGUUACAGCACGAUUACGAGAUGUACAGAGACAGCGGACCAACCGCUCAUUAACACGUUCAACAUUUGUUCGUCUUGCGUUCGAAUAUGAAGCAGAUAUUGAUUACUCUGCGCAUUCAAAAAUUGCCAACGGGAAAAUGGAUAAACUAUGUCCAUAUUGUCAUGCAUUAAAAUUUCGCAAUGAAACACCCGGCAUGUGUUGUGCAUCAGGAAAAGUUCUGCUGCCACCUCUUCCCACUCCGCCGGAACCUUUAAUAUCGCUUCUUGCUGGCGAUUCAGAUAAUUCAAAAAUAUUUUUGCGAAAGAUACGCAAAUUUAAUUCUUGCUUCCAAAUGACAUCAUUUGGGGCAACUAAAAUUUGCGAUCUCGCAUCCGAUGGACGUAAUUCUAAACCUACAUUUAAAAUACAAGGUCAGGUGUACCAUAAAAUUGGGUCACUGAUGCCAAUGCCUGAUGAUAAUCCAAAGUAUCUACAAAUUUAUUUUAUGGGCAGUUGUGAAGAACGCGUGACAACUCGGUGCCAAUAUAAUUUCAUUGAACAAGCAGAGGAAAGAGCAAUUGUGAUAUUGUUGGAAAAUUUUUUAGAAACUCAGAAUAAACUCAUUCAAUUGUUUAAAAGAGUAUCACCACAAUUGCUAAGUGACAACUAUCAAAUCGUCAUCAAAGCCGACAAAGUUCCAUCAGGAGAACAUGCUGGAAGAUUUAACGCGCCAACUGUUGAUGAGGUAGCUGUUAUUAUGGUUGGUGAUCCAGUUGAAAAUAGAGCUAUAAAAAUUACACGGCGGGACAACACUAUUAGUAUGAUUUCGGACCUGCACCGUUCAUAUGACGCACUCCAAUAUCCAUUAAUAUUUUGGCAAGGACAGGAUGAAUAUCAGCUUAACAUCAAACAGUGUGAUCCAAAUACUGGUAAUACAAGAGAUAAAAAAGUAAGUUUAAUGAACUACUACGCAAGCCGAUUGAUGAUUAGGAAUAAUCAGGAUAACUAUAUUCUUCGAUAUCGUCAGCUAUUCCAUCAAUACAUUGUGGAUAUGUAUGCUAAGAUCGAAAGCGAACGCUUGCGAUUCAUUCGAUACAACCAGCAGAAAUUACGAUCAGAAGAAUAUAUUCACUUACGAGAUGCUAUUGUCGGAAACAUCGAUGGAAACUUAAACCCCAAUGACAUCGGUAAUGCUUUCAUUUUACCUUCAAGCUACAUCGGUAGUCCACGGAACAUGCAGGAAUACAUACAGGAUGCGAUGACUUACGUACGUAAUUACGGUCGUCCAGAUUUGUUUAUAACUUUUACAUGUAAUCCGAAUUGGGAGGAUAUACAAACGUUAUUAUUACCAGGACAACAAGCAAUACAUCGGCAUGAUAUAACUGCGCGUGUGUUCAAACAAAAACUGAAAUCCUUAAUUGAUUUCAUUGUUAAAUAUUCAGUUUUCGGUAACACACGUUGUUGGCUUUAUUCUAUUGAGUGGCAAAAGCGAGGUUUGCCUCAUGCCCACAUUUUAGUUUGGCUUAAAGAUAAAAUCCGUCCAGAAGAAAUUGAUCAAAUAAUUUCAGCCGAAAUUCCAGACCCAUCAAUUGAUCGAGAAUUGUUUGAUGUUUUUACCAAUCAAAUGAUCCACGGACCGUGCGGUACUUUUAACAUGGCAUCGCCAUGCAUGGAAAAUGGAAAAUGUAAGAAGCAUUUCCCAAAGAAUUAUACGAAUGAUACAAUCACGGAUACUGACGGUUAUCCUAUGUAUCGCCGCAGAAAUGUUGCGAAUGGUGGCCACACAUUCACAAUCCGGCAAUCAAAUAAUACAAAUCAAGUAGAAAUUGGCAAUCAGUGGGUGGUACCAUAUUCACCAUUACUUUCAAAAACGUAUAAGGCUCAUAUCAAUGUCGAGCUUUGCAGUUCCGUAAAAUCAAUUAAGUACAUAUGUAAAUAUGUCAACAAAGGUAGUGACUUGGCCGUAAUUGAAAUACAAAACCUAAAUAAGAAUGAUGAAAUAACACGAUACCAAAUGGGUAGAUACAUCAGCAGCAACGAAGCAAUUUGGCAUACUCUUAGCUUUCCCAUACACGAAAGAUACCCUUCAGUCCAGCAUUUAGCAGUGCAUCUUGAAAACGGUCAGCGUGCAUACUUCACUGAAGAAAAUGUUCUCCAAAGAGCGCUUGAGGCUCCAAAAACGACACUAACUGAAUUUUUUACAUUGUGUCAAAAACCUGGUAUUUUAGGCCAAUUCGCAAAGACGCUACUAUACACUGAUGUUCCACGCUAUUUUACAUGGAACAAAUCAGGUAAAAAAUGGGAACCACGGAAACAAGGAAAACCACAUCUUUCUAUUACAGGCAUAUUCAAAGCUAAGACAUUGGGACGACUUUACACGGUACAUCCAAAACAACGUGAAUGCUUCUAUUUACGUUUGUUAUUGGUGAAUGUUCCCGGACCAACGUCUUUCAAAUUUUUGCGAACAGUUAAUGCCCGAGUAUUUAAUACAUAUCAAGAUGCAUGUCGCGAACUGCAAUUGCUAGAAGACUUGCCGAUGCUGCGUUCACAUCAACGCCAAAUAACAUUCGUCACCUGUUUGCAAUUAUUUUGACGACGUGUUAUCCAUCACAAGCAACCACUUUGUGGGAAAAAUAUAAAAAUUGUAUGACGGAAGACAUAUUGCACCGAAUUAGACAAACAGAGCAAUGCCCAAACAUAGAUUACACGCCAGCGAUGUAUAAUGAAACGUUAGUGUUGAUCGAGGAUUUAUGUAUUUUAAUUUCAAAUUCACCACUAAAUUAUUAUGGUAUGCCAUCACCUGAUCGUCCGACCACCGACUUAAUUAACACCGAUUUACAACGAGAAAAACAAUAUGACCAUGGUAGUUUAGCUACAAUUAUCGCGAACAGUGAGCCAUUAUUGACAGCUGAACAAAAAAUUAUUUAUAAUCAGAUUAUGCUGACUGCGCUAAACAAGGCGGCUUUUUCUUCUUGGAUGCACCAGGUGGAACCGGUAAGACAUUUUUAAUAUCGUUGAUUCUUGCCAAGAUACGGUCACAACAGAAAAUCGCAUUGGCAGUUGCAUCAUCAGGCAUUGCGGCUACUAUGGUAGAUGGUGGGCGAACGGCACAUUCAGCAUUCAAGUUGCCAUUACAAAUUCAUAGCAACCCAAACGCAAUAUGUAACAUAAAAAAAAUAGCGCAAUAGCUGCAGUGUUGCAAAGAAGUUCUAUCAUUAUUUGGGAUGAGUGCACAAUGGCUCACAAAUAUUCACUCGAGGCAUUGCACCGAACUAUGCAAGAUUUGAACGGCAAUGAUAAACUUUUUGGAAUGCUGUCAUAUUGCUAUCUGGUGAUUUCCGACAGACGUUGCCGGUCAUACCUCGCUCUACUUUCGCCGAUGAGAUUAACGCAUGUUUAAAACAAUCAUUUUUAUGGAGAAAUGUUAAAACACUUCGAUUGACUAUAAACAUGCGCGUACAUUUACUAAAUGAUCCAUUAGCACAUAUAUUUUCGGAACAAUUGCUAGAUAUUGGGAACGGUACAAUAGAACGGCAACCAAACACGCAAUGCAUUAAACUGCCAGACAAUUUCUGCACUGUUGUUCACACAAAAAUUGAAUUGAUUCAAAGUAUUUUCCCGGAUAUACAAAAUAAUUAUUUAGAUCAUAACUGGCUCAGUGGGCGGGCUAUUUUGGCAGCCAAAAAUGUUGAUGUUGACGAAAUUAACUUCCAGAUACAACAGUUGUUGCCAGGCGAUCUGAUGUCAUUUAAAUCAGUCGAUACUGUUGUUGAUGAAAAUGAAAGUGUAAAUUUUCCAACUGAAUUUUUAAACUCUCAAGAUAUACCCGGAAUGCCACCACAUAUUCUUCGGUUGAAGAUUGGUUCAAUUAUUAUUCUUCUGCGUAAUUUGAAUCCCCCUCGGUUAUGCAACGGUACACGUUUGGUCAUCAAAAAGUUAACAGGGAAUAUUCUUGAAGCAACCAUUUUGACUGGAAAGUUUAAAGGAGAAGUGGUCCUGUUUCCCCGUAUUCCAAUGAUACCGUCAGAAUCUACGAUACCAUUCAGAAGACUACAGUUUCCUAUUCGAUUAGCUUUUGCCAUGUCCAUUAAUAAGUCUCAAGGCCAUGUUUUUCCCAUGGGCAAUUAUAUGUUGCAUGCUCACGUGUGGGAAAACCAUCAAAUCUAUUUGUGUUAGCUCGAGACAGGUUAACCAAAAAUAUUGUGCACCAAUUAGUGCUAAGUUAAAUUAAAAUGUUUAUAAUUCAAAAAAAUAAAUACUACUAUUAAAAAUUAAGAAUUAUCUAUCCUAAGAUUAUAAAAUUAAAUGUUACAUGUUAUCAACUAACAAUUUUGUAAUUAACUUAUUUGUUAAAAACUUGAAUAUAAAAUCAAAAAUGAACUAUUUUAUGAAAAUUUGUGCUUAUUAUCAACUCUACGAAAAUUGUCAUCAAUAAUUUUAAAAAUUUUGACCUCAAGUUCAAAUCUCAAUCCCGUGGAUUUUUAUACCAGAUAUAUACUAAGGUUUCCGUCUUUAUUCAUAAAUAAUAAUUUCACUGUAGUGAAUAGUUUACUACAACAGAGCAAAUCUAAAAGUGAGGAAAUGUUUAUUCUGAGAAUUCGAAUGAUUCAAACCGAUUUAUCGUUUAAGUUCAAAAUUUUACAGUUUCAUAUGUACAUACAUAGGUACUUAUGUAUGUGGCAUGUUAUAGCCCUGACAGACGAGCAAAAUUAAUGCGUCUUAAUCAACGCUAAUACGCAUUGAAAUUUUAUGGUGACAGACGGCAGGCUUGUGCAUUUAGACAGCUGAUAGUGAAAUUUGUUUCUUUAUUAAAAAAAAAGUGAAAUAAAAAUGAAUAAGAUAAAUUAUUAAAAGAAAUUGUGGUAAUUUUGGAAAAUCAAUAUAAAUUUAACGAAAAAAAUUCGUUUAUUAUUAUCUACGUUAAAAGAUAAUAGAGUGAAAUUAAGAGCAAUAAUUGAUUGUAAUACGGAAAAAGUGUGCAAAAAAGUUAAGAAUAUUGGAAAAAUAGAUAGCAACAGUGCGACAUCUGUCAAUAAAUAGCAAAAAUCGCCCAUUUUUGAUCAGAGUUGCCUACUCAAAUUUAGUAAAAUCAACCAAAUGCACGGAAUUCUUAUGCAUUACAAACUUGCAUUAACAUGGGUCAAAUGCACAAAUAAAUGUAAAUUAAGCCCGCUAAUGCAUAUUAGCGCUGUCGUCUGUCAGGGCUAUUAGCGUGUUGGAGAGACAUCUUCUUUAUUUGUUUACACGCUACACAACAAAACAAAGAACGAACUUCGCCAAAAAUAUUUAAAUUGAUUAGAGACGUUAUUCCCUGAAUAUAUUAACAUUCCAUACAAAUAAAUGGCCUUGAACAGAGUUCAAAAAGCGUUUUAACUAUUUCAAAUAAAAAUUGGGCGGGGCGAAGUUCGCCGG